CGCCAAGCUGCAGUUCACGCCUCAGCACAAACUUCUCCGACUUCAGCUCCCCAACAUGAAGUACGUGAAGGUGAAAGUGAACUUCUCUGACAGAGUCUUCAAGGCAGUAUCUGACAUCUGCAAGACCUUCACUCUCUCUGGGUUAUCCAAGCUACUCCAUGAAUACCGAACACUAUCAAGGGAUCCAGGACUUUAGCUGGGAACACGUGAUCCAGGGUUGGGAUGGGCCUUACCUUGGGCCUCAGAGCUCUCUAAGAUCGGCUUCUGUCCUGAGGGGUUGAAAACUGGUCAAUAUGACAUCUCUUAUUUUUUAAAAAACAGAUGCAUUCCAGUUAAUUUUGUGUUCCCAGUAAAUUGUUGGCAAGCAUUAUUAAAAGGAAACAGCAAACAAGACUUCCUGAGGAGGAAUUGGCAUGGUUUUUAUGGCAGGAAAUACUGCCUCCCCAGCCUUUUUAUCAUUCUCUGUGUUAGGGGUGUGCAGAGACGUGGUCAAACUUGCUAAUUAUUCAGAAUUGUGAAAAUCCAAGCAGACUGCAAAGAGUUCCAAAGGAUGAACAACUUAAAGGUCGAGUGAAUAUUCUGAAUAAGAAAUACAUAUUUGCUAAAGAGAGAGAGAGACAGAGAACCUUCGCUUCAAUGACUCUUCCUCGUGGUGGUCUCUUCCUGUCCUGUUGGCUGGUAGUGUGACCGAAAACUCUGGGCCUCUGCCAUGGCAGUUUUUCUGUUGGGAGCAGCAUUGCUUAUUGUUCAACCUCAGGCAGUGCCUUCUAGACCAGCCAUCAACUCUAAGGCUGAGGCUACUGUUCAGCCUGCUCAGAAAGAACCUUUUCAGAAAAGUGACUUCAAAGAAAACAUUCAUCUCAAUGGAACAUUUCAGCAGCUUCCACAAACUGUCAUCAUUGGAGUACGGAAAGGUGGAACAAGGGCCCUGCUAGAGAUGCUAAGUCUCCAUCCAGAUAUAGCGGCAGCAGAAAGUGAAGUCCACUUCUUUGACUGGGAAGAGCAUUAUGGAAAUGGAUUGCAAUGGUAUAUUAACCAAAUGCCAUUCUCUUAUCCCUACCAGAUAACCUUUAUCCCUACCGAUAACCUCACUUUAGGUGAGGCAUAUUUCACCUCACCUAAAGUGCCUGAGAGAGUGUAUAGCAUGAACAAGCUUAUCAAAUUACUCCUUAUUUUAAGAGACCCGACAGAGAGGGUGUUAUCAGACUAUACUCAAGUGUUCUAUAAUCACAUGCAAAAACAUAAGCCAUAUCCCUCCAUUGAAGAGUUCCUGGUUAAAGAUGGUGAAUUCAAUGUGAACUACAAGGCAAUAAACAGAAGUUUGUAUUAUAUUCACAUGCAAAACUGGCUGAAGUAUUUUCCUUUGGAUCACAUUCAUAUUGUAGAUGGAGACAAGCUGAUCAAAGAUCCUUUUCCUGAAAUAGUGAAGGUAGAAAGGUUUUUAAAGCUAUCUCCUCAGAUAAAUGCUUCAAACUUUUACUUCAAUAAAACAAAAGGCUUUUACUGCCUAAGGGACAGUGGUAGGGAUCGGUGUUUACAUGAGUCAAAAGGAAGAGCACACCCCAAAGUAGAUCCAAUUUUACUUGAAAAACUGCAUGGAUAUUUUCAUGAACCAAAUCGCAAGUUCUUUGAACUUGUUGGCAGAACAUUUGACUGGCACUAAAAAUGGUGGUAAGUUGGGGAUAGAAGAUUCUGAGGAGCCCAUGGUACUCCAGUGUGCAUUUAGAAAAAGAGGGCAUUUAAGCUAUAAUAUUUAUUUGUAAAAUCCAUAAAUUACUUCUGUACAGUAUUAGAUUCAUAACUGCCAUAUAAGUUAGUAAUAUUUUUCU